AUCUCAAGAAUGCAUGAAAUUUCCUAUGAAUAAAUGAAAACUUCUGCUGUUGCUAAUGCCGAUGAUGCCUUCUGUUGUAGCUAGAUUAACUGAAUUAUUCCAGUUUAUCAUAAUUAAACAUGUUCAAACCAUGCUCUUAUAUAUAAAUGAUUCAAUUGCGCACGGAAAUUUCUCAAAAGCAUAACUAACAGUGGGAGUAACACAUCAUUGUUGUUUUAAAGCGGGGCUUGUGCGAGUAUCCGAUUUGAAAACAAUCGUGUCCAUGUCGAGAUAAUAACAAUAACAUACGAGAUUAUUAAAUCAUUCAAAAAAAGUUGACACAGAAUCUAGGUGUACAUUGAAGAAUCAAUAUAAAGAUGUAAGAUGAAGAAUAUUUCGUUAUCUUCAAAUUUUACUACAACGCUUCCAAAUAUUUUCAAUUUGACGACUCAUCAAAAUUCAUCGGCACAUUUCCAAACAACAGAAGUUAAUUAUGCAGACAGCAUCAUCUUCAAUAAUACAAAUGCUUCAUACUACGCAGAAAGUGAACAAAAUUUGUCGGAUUUUACUUUCUAUGGACUUGAUUACGGAACAAGUUCAAACAUUCUAAAUGGAAUCAUUGUAUUCUCAGCAUUAACAGUGCUUGUAAAUUGUGUUGUACUUCUUGCGUCAAAAUUCACUACUGGCGGGAAAAGUUCAACUUUAGUGUUUAUACGGAGCUUGUGUGUGGCGGACAUGUUGGUUGGAAAUUUUGGAAUUUUCAAAUGCAUACUGUUACUGAAUCUCGACAAUCGGCUGAUAAACUGCUUUUUACCAGAAAGUAUUUUCAUCUCUGCUUCUAUGACCAUCUGUUUGACGUUAUUCUGGUUAAAUGUAGACUCGUACCUACGUUUAACUAAACCGCUGGUUUACCGGGUGGACAAACAUAGUGUUAUAAUUGCAAUGAUGGUGCUAUGGAAUGCAGCAUUCAUUAUUGGCUUUUUACCGCAGAUGGGUUGGAAUAAUAAAGAAUUCGUCUGCAAUCUUUUUAACUACUACAGUAUACACUAUGUGUUCUUCAUAUCAUUGCUAUGGUUACUGUGCAUCGCCGGAAGCUGCGUAAUGCAAGGGAUUUUAUACCGAACUCAUAAAAAAAUCGAAUGCAAUAAUGAAUUCAUAUCACCGCGGUGCCUUGAAUACCAAAAAUACACGCAAUUAAUCGCAACUAUCAGAAACGAUAUCAUUAUUCUUUCAAUAUGUUACAUACCAUUCAUCAGCUAUAUAAUUUUUUAUUUCAUUAAUGAACGACAUAAAGUAUCGGAAAUGGCUCACAUUAAUCUAAUAUUUUUCCUUCCAAUGUUUUUAUUGCGGUCAUUUAUGAGUGCCUUUAUACACAGCUAUAGAACAAUCCGAAUACAGCGUGUCAUGCGGGAAGUUUCCCGCACAAUGAACAUGCCACUGUUUAAGAACAUGUUCAACGACACAAGUUCGGACGGGACACAUUCGGGUCAAGGAUCUUUGCAAAGGUCGCGAGUGAACAGCAUCGCAACAAAUGAUUCCAGAGACAGUAUUAAUCGAGAGAAAUCAUUAAGUAAUGGUAAAACUCAAGGAACGCGAGGUUUUGAUAAAGGAACCAAAAAUGGGAAAACAAGUUCGCUUGAUUAUAGACGACAACAGUUGUGUGCAACAGCAUCCAUAAUAACAACAGUUUCUGAAGAUGAUGAACUAAGUGAAAACAGUGACAUAACUAAAUUAUAAACCAAUAUAACAUGUUCAUAAAUUGUUUGUCAUAAGAGAAGAAAACAACUUAAUUAUGUAACAUAAUAAAAGAUGUUUCACUAACAAUGCAAAAUUGCCUUGUAUCAAUUAAUUCAAUGUUAAAGCUGCAUGCCUCCAAAUGAGCCAAAAUAUUUUAAGAAAAUCAUCUUGAGGAAAAAUGUGCAAAGAUUUUUAGAAAAUUAAAAAUAUCAAAAUUCCAAAAAUAAUUAACAUGUUAUUAUGUAAUUAAUAACUGAUUUUGAAGUAUUUAUUACUACAGUUGACAAUAUUUUACUCUUAAAUACAAUUUCAAAAUUUUUACGAAAAAAUUAGCAUUAAUCUGGAGGCAUGGAGCUUUAACUGUUGUCAUAUUCAUCUUAACCUUUAACCUGCUAGAACUGGAAUAAGUGAUAAACCAGUAGUCAAACCAUCACACUCUACUGUUGAUAGCUCAAGUUUUCUAUUUUUAUACUGAAAACCAUAAGUCAAUUAUUCAAGUUAAUUUAGGAACCUGCAUUUCACUGAACCUCCUAAUAAAGCACAAGCAGCAACAAUGUAAAAUACACUAAGAAGAAUGAAUAAUUAUCAGGACUUUUUCUCUUCUAUAUGAGGGGCCAUUCAAUAUUACCCCCCC